CCCCCGAUGUUGCCGCUGGGUUGCAUUAAUUGCAUGCAUGGAACAAUAAACCGUGCCAACCUGCUGGUUGAGACUUGAGAGAGAGAGAGAGAGAGAGAUCAGAGAUAGAGAGAAGAGAGCGAGGAGGAAGACAGAGAUCAGCGGCGGACCGGCGGCGUGGCAGGAGAUCGAGGCGGCCGACCCAUGUGCUUAUGCCCCGUUACGACGGCAGCAGCAUCGUGCGCGCGUGACUGAUCCGCCGAAGCAGACACCGCGUACCAUGGAAGCGCGGCCGCGGCUGCUCCUAGUCGCCGCCGUGGCGGUCUUCGUGUCAGUGUCCGCCGCCGCCGGGGCGGCCGUCGUCAUAAACGUGAAGAACUACGGGGCCCAUGGGAAUGGCGUCAACGAUGAUACCAAGCCGCUGAUGGCAGCGUGGAAGGCAGCGUGCGGAUCAGCUGGCGCGGUGACGAUGGUCGUCGCGCCGGGGACGUACUACAUCGGGCCGGUGCAGUUCCACGGCCCCUGCAAGGCGUCCACCUUGACCUUCCAGCUGCAGGGGACGCUCAAGGCCGCCACGGACCUGAAGCGGUUCGGCAACGACUGGAUCGAGUUCGGGUGGGUGAACGGGCUGACCGUCGCCGGCGGCGUCAUCGACGGCCAGGGCGCCGCCUCGUGGCCUUUCAACAAGUGCCCCAUCCGCAAGGACUGCAAAGUGCUGCCCACGAGCGUGCUGUUCGUGAACAGCCAGAACACGGUGGUGCGCGACGUGACGUCGGUGAACCCCAAGUUCUUCCACAUGGCGCUGCUGUCGGUGAAGAACGUCCGGAUGAGCGGGCUGAGGAUCCGAGCGCCGCCCAACAGCCCCAACACGGACGGCAUCCACAUCGAGCGCAGCAGCGGGGUGUCCAUCGUGGACACGCACAUCGGCACGGGCGACGACUGCAUCUCCGUCGGCCAGGGAAACGACAACGUGGAGGUCUCCCGCGUGCAGUGCGGCCCGGGCCACGGCAUGAGCGUCGGCAGCCUGGGCCGAUACUCCGGCGAGGGCGACGUCACGCGGGUGCACGUCCGCGACAUGACCUUCACGGGCACCACCAACGGCGUCCGCAUCAAGACCUGGGAGAACUCGCCGUCCAGGAGCAACGCCGCGCACAUGGUCUUCGAGAACAUGGUCAUGAAGGACGUCCAGAACCCUAUCAUCAUCGACCAGAAGUACUGCCCCUACUACAACUGCGAGCACAAGUACGUGUCCGGGGUCACUCUCAAGGACAUUCACUUCAGGAACAUCAAGGGCACGGCGACUACGCCGGUGGCGGUGUUGCUUCGCUGCGGCGUGCCGUGCCAGGGUCUGGUGCUGCAGGACGUGGACCUUAGGUACAAGGGGCAGGGUGCCACAUCGGCCAAGUGCGAGAACGCCAAGGCCAAGUACGUUGGCUACCAGUUCCCCAAGCCCUGCAGCCCCUAGCUUAGAUAGGUGUCGUCGUGUGGCGCGAGGAGAUCCUCUCCGUGGCCGGCCGGCCGGCCCCGCUUACCACUCUGGUGUACCUGGCUCUAGCUAGCUAGCUCCAGUGUGCGGUGAAGUGGGCUUUGAUUCUUCCAUCGUGUUGUCUAGACGUACGUUUUUCUUUUGGCUUUUCAUGUUUGCUUUCUUGAUUAGCUGAUUUUUGUGUUAUGUGUAAUCGCAAUUUCUGUCAUCUGCUAGUUGCCUGCAUCAGUGAAUUGUGACUUCAGUUGGUAAAACCUAA